AGUAUCACUUUUUCACCAAACAAUUAUAAGCUGUUACAUCUUUAACCACUGGCCCUUGCUUGUUCUUUCCCAUUGAUCAAAACCUCAUUCUCAUCAUCGAUAAUCUGUGAGGAACAUGACUCCUUCUGGAUUGAAUUCUCUGCAACAACUCAUGAGUUCACAAAUUCUUCUCGGAGCCUCGGAUUGAUAUGGUGAUUCUAACUCUGAAGGGUGUAAAAGAAAGGAGAAGAUUGGUGAUGAGAGGCGAAAUGGGAUGAUCGAUCGUUUGGAUGUUUCUUAUUUUUCGAGUCAGUCUGACUUCGGAUUUUCAGAGCAKCAGAGGGAGUAUGUUUUGGGAAGAGGAAGAACAGUCCGUGGGGAAUCGUUUCUGGGGAUUGUGGUGCAGUCGGUAACCCAUAAUCCACUUUUGACGUGGCAGCUUAUGGGGUGGAUUCAAAGGAAAAUCCCUUCGAUUCUGAACSGAUCUGAUCUUGCCUAYCGAGAGAGAGCUCCAGAUCUUGAUUUGGUUUUUCACUUUUUUGCAUCCCCUUAAUCAAUGGAGGGAUAGAAUGCGUCAAGGAUGAUAAAUUACAGACAUAUCGAGCUGCUCUUCUUGACUUCAUGGAAUGAUCUCUCUCCUCUUCGUUCAUUCCCAUUUCUUCUCCAUCGAUGCCUGAUUCGAGAUGACAAUCCCUGAGCUGAAAGUCCGGACGAGAAAGUUAAGCGUCGGAGGCUUUGUCCUGGUUGCAUCACCUCGGAGGAGAAAGGUAGCCGCUCAGAGCCGACGUGAGCAAGCAGGCUCUUCCCGUUCCGUUCAAGAAGACGAGAAUGAGAGAGGAUUGGAAGACAAACAGAAAGAGGCAAACCCCAAUUCCCAAAACACAGCACAGGAUUGGAUAAUCACAAUCAAAGAGAGGCUUGAUCAAGUCCCUGCAUCUGCAAGCGAAGGAGGGCAGUCGUCGCUCCACCGCAGCAUCUUCAGAGUGCCCAGAAACCUCCGAGAGAUGGACCAGAAGGCCUACGUUCCACAAAUCGUCUCCAUAGGUCCUUAUCACCAUGGCAAAGCACGUCUCCAGGAGAUGGAGAAGCAAAAAUGGAGGCUCCUCCGUCACGUCCUCGAGCGCACAUCACAUCCAGUGGAGCUCUACCUGGAGGCCAUGGUGGGGCUAGAAGAGAAGGCUCGGCAGUGCUACUCGAAACCCAUCGACAACAUGGACAGUCGAGAAUUCGUGGAGAUGAUGCUGCUCGACGCCUGCUUCAUCCUGGAACUGCUGAAUGCUUCUGUGAAAGGAAUCAUACACUGUGGGUACUCCUGGGGAGACCCUGUAUUCACUUCGCGAGGAGUCGUGCCGUGCAUCCAACGCGACCUGUUGAUGCUGGAGAACCAGCUUCCCCUCUUCGUGCUCGACCGCUUGUUCGCUCUCACCUGUGACCCAAAUGAAACCACCGAAUCAGUGAGCCAACUCGCCCUGGAAUUUUUCGACUCGGUCAUCCCGGGAUGCCGGAAUCAACAGCAUGAGCUCAAGAACGGCAACGACCCAGGGCUCCAUCUUCUCCACGUUGUCCGUCAAUGCCUGCUUCCCUCCUCUUCCAAGCAUAGCUUCCAGCGAAUUCCGUCCAGCAUCAGACAGCGUAAUAAGCACAAGCCCCAACUAAUGACCCACUGCGUCACAAUGCUGAGGGACGCGGGAGUGAAGUUCAGGAAGAACGAGUCGACGAAAUUCAUGGAUAUUAAAUUCAAGAAAGGCAUUCUUUACAUUCCGCCAUUGGUGAUUCACGACUCGACCAAGUCGAUAUUUCUUAAUCUGAUGGCUUUCGAGCAAUGCUACCCCCACUGCAGCAACCAUGUGACAUCCUACGUGAAUUUCAUGGAUGGGCUGGUUAAUUCUCCUCAGGACGUUGGGUAUCUCCGUUACCGAGGAAUCAUCGACCAUGGGCUUGGGAACGAAGAGGAGGUGGCCGAUCUCUUGAACAGACUCUGUAGGGAAGUUGCCUUUGACAUCAACGACUGUUAUCUCUCCGGCGUAUCCUUUGAUCUGAACAGAUAUUUCGAGCAUAAAUGGCAUGCGUGGAGAGCCAGCCUGAAGCAUGACUACUUUAACAGUCCUUGGGCCAUCAUCUCCCUUCUUGCGGCUAUCUUUCUUAUUGGGCUGACGCUAACACAGACAGUUUAUGGGAUACUUGCUUACUAUGCUCCUCUAUUUUGAGGACUGAAACUUUUUUGAUUCAAGGGUCGGUAUGUAUGUUAUAUAGGUGGAGUUGUUUUAAAUUUUGAAUCGUCGUAGGUCUGCAGUUCAAAUCAAAAUUCUGAGGUAUGUAUGUUAUAUAGUUUAUGGGAUACUUGCUUACUAUGCUCCUCUAAACAUCCUUUCUUCGAUCA